AUGGAAUGGGUACCCAAUUCGGACCCCUUCAUAGCUCCCAAUCGUAUUGAUGACUUUGAUUUCGACUUAGGCCCUCAGACUCCCGGACAGACAUGCCGUGUCAUUCGGGAUUACAAAAUCGAUGACCAGCGAACAACGGCAUCAGAUCAAGACAUCAAGCUUUCGGGUGACGACAAGUGGACAGAUUUGUUUUCGGCUAACCGAUUGUUCUCCUUAAAUGACGCCUCCCUCUCAUUCACGGACUUGCCAGAGGAUGGAUACUGCAUCCUGUUUAUACCCCAGGCCGCGGACGUGAAGUUCUCGGAGAGCGAAUCUCAGCCAGCAAAUCUAACUGAUCUACCAAUCAGCCAAACUCGAUGGACCAAGGUCGCCACGGCAUUCCAUCUUCCUGGACAUUUUCCCAAGGUUGUCGCGAGGAAGCUAACAUCCGUUAUCUCUAUUAAUCGGACGCAUAAGUUCAAUGAUCACUUUAGAGAUAAACUCUGGAUGCAUACAGUCAUGACCAAUCAAAGCGAUACACAAGCAUAUGCCAUGGCAGCCACACACAUUGCGUGUAAGAAGCUUACUCUCGCUGUCAUGAUUGGCUGCUCUGAUGCGCAGAUUCGCAUCGUGAAACGUCUGGUUAAGGGAUGGAGCGAUGCGAUUGGGCAUCCACUGCUUAUGCUUGGAGUAUGCGCUGAAUUGGAGCUCAAUCGUCUGGAGGAUUUGGUCGGUGCCCAAACACAAAGAUAUGUUGAGCUUAUGGCGAGUAUUGAAGCCGAACGUGUCAGUGCAGGCCAUCAUGGUUUCAGCUGGGAACUGAUACAGCGAGUCCGGGCAACUCGUGAGGCGAGCAAGAAAGCCGAAGAGGAGGUUGACACAGCCAGGUCGCAACUUGAAAAGGCCCAUAAGCCAGCGAUAGACGCAUUGAUGCAACGCUAUGCUCCACCUAACCCAUCAUCAAGUCGGCCCAACACGCCAUCGGGAGCACAGGGAUCAGUAGUGGCCACUGACACCGGGGGCACGCAAUAUACCGCGUCAGCUACUACUCAUACUCCAGCUCCACCACAAAGUGUUCUUAACACCCCUUCCGGAUCUCACGGAGCUGCAGGACAUACUGGCUCCAGUCACGUUCGAAGUAGCACUACAACUCUCGCUCCAUCGCAAUCCCGCUCCAACGCGCAGACGGCACCACGGGGAGCUGGAAUAGGAACGAGUCUCAGCAACACUACCACUGCUAACCCGACCCCAUCCACAAGUCGCUCAAACACUCCAGCUACCACUGUUGGCCUAGGAAAUACGUCAUUAGGGUACCAAGGAUCUUCAAACAAUACUACGAUAGGGGGCACCCUCGGUAGCGCGGAAACCACUACCCUUACCCCGUCUUCAAAUCCAUCCACCAGGCCUUCAGGACUUCGCGGAUCAGCAGCCAAUACCAGAACAGGAAGCACCCAAGGCUUGACUGGUUGCAAUCUUGCCAGCGAUGAUAAUGAGACUUUGAGGGAAAUAACUAGCUUAUUCCAGGAGCGAUUCAAUGACAUUAUUUCUAGGUUGGAGGGAUUGAGUGCCAAAUGCAGAAUCAACGUGGAAGGGAUAUCGUUCACGACGGACAUUAUCAGAAGCGAACUGGCUAGGCAAGAAGCAAACACCAGUGCCCAAAAUACAAGUUUCGGCACGGCAAUCUCCUUUGUCGCCUUGAUUUACCUUCCAAUGACUGCUAUUGCGACAAUAUUCGCGAUGCCGAUCUUCAAAUGGGAGAACGACUGGAAAGAUAUCAGACUACAAUCUAUCAGACAAGAUAAAUCAAAUUCUACGGAUGCAGAUUCCGGCGAGGAUGAGGUGCAACUUCCCGUUGUUUCCGGUUACAUAUGGGUGUACCUCAUCAUUGGUGUCAGCUCCACCGUGAUAACGUUUGUUGUAUUCACGUGGCAUCUUCGAGACAUUAUGUUUCCAAGAAUCAAGCGCCGCUGGGUCAAGUUUACGGAAAGAUUUAAGAGAGCCCCGCCGGAGCCACCGGCACUUGCGCCUACUCCUGCGAGCACGAUGUCGACAAAUAUCCCACAGCUGAUAUCGUCAAGAACCUUCCCUGCCCCGCCUGCACGGGCUACUUCAAGGUAA